AUUGACAUUUAUGUGCGUAUUAAGCCAGUGCCCAGGCCAUCACCGCGAUUAGUAGUUGACACGAGCGAAAAUAAGAUUGAGUUUAAUAUACCAAAGAAUGAAUCAGCUGGACUUGUGAACAACCAGCGUGAGCACUUUGAGUUCCGAUUUAAUGGUAUUCUCACAGCGGAGGCAAAGCAGGAUGAGGUUUUCGAGCGCGUGGCGCGACCGGUGGUUACGGGGGCGAUGGAGGGGUAUAAUGGUACAAUCUUCGCCUAUGGUCAAACCGGGUCCGGGAAGACCUUCACGAUCACCGGUGGGCCCGAGCGCUACGUGGACCGCGGUAUCAUUCCACGGUGCAUUUCCGCCAUCUUCAGCGAGAUCUCAAAGCGCUCCGACCAGCAGUUCACGGUUCAUAUCUCCUAUCUGGAAAUCUACAACAAUGAGGGUUACGACUUGCUGGACGCUGAGCGGGAAAUCAAAGCCAUGGAGGACCUGCAACAGGUGCAUCUGGGCGAGGCGGAAGACGGGACAGUGUCCUACCGCAACUUGUCCAUGUACCGAGCAAACAACGAGGAGGAGGCGCUGAACCUGCUCUUCCUGGGGGACACCAACCGCACCAUCAGCGAGACGCCCAUGAACAUGGCCUCCUCGCGCUCGCACUGCAUUUUCACAAUCCACAUUGAGGGGCGAAAGGUGGGUGAGGACGUGGUUCGGCGAUCCAAAUUGAACCUGGUGGAUCUUGCGGGCUCCGAGCGCGUGUCCAAGACGGGCGUGGACGGCACCACCCUGCGCGAGGCCAAGUACAUCAACUUGUCGCUGCACUACCUGGAGCAGGUUAUCAUUGCGCUGCAGGAGAAGGCCAUGGGCAUGAACAGGCCUCACAUCCCCUACCGCAACAGCAUGAUGACCAUGGCCCUGAAGGACUCCCUGGGCGGUAACUGCCGUACAACCAUGGUUGCCACAGUCAACGCAGCCCAAGACCAACUGGAUGAGUCCAUCUCAACAUGCAGAUUCGCACAGCGUGUGGCCAUGGUUAGAAACACGGUGAUGCUCAACGAAGAGCUGGACCCCACCCUGAUGAUCAGGCGCCUGAAGCAGGAGGUUCGCGAGCUCAAGGAGGAGAUCCGGCUGCUCAAGGGCGAGGAGGAGGAGCGCGGCCCGCUCACACCGGACGAGAUCACCCGGCUGCAAGGCACGGUGGAGACCUGGGUGGCGGACGACUCCCCGGAAGCCGCUCUCAACCUGGGUGGCAGCAUGAUGAUGAUCCGGGCAGCCUUCGAUAUCUUCAAGCGCCUGCUG